UUUUUUUGGGCCCUUUGUUUUUCCCGACACGCCCAUUGCCGUCUGUCUCCAUCUAAAAUUGGGAUUAUUUUUAUAGCAGAAUAUUGAAAGGAAUAACAAAGAAAGUAAGGCAUUAACAGGACAAAUUGGCUCAGUGACUGAGAAUAAUAAAUAGGGUGAGAAAAUUGCAUAAUUUGCAAUAAUUUACUCUGCUUUCCUUUUCCUGGCAUCGACUCUCUCGCCCCCUACUGCUGAAACUAUUUAUACAACCCCAGGGGGGGGGGAGAGCUCUCUCUCUAUUCUUCUCCAAUUAAAACAAGAGAGAAAGGAGCAGAGGGGAGAUUUCUAUUCCAUCGGUGGCUUCGGAAUCGUCGCUCCGAUCAAUGGUGAAAGGAAGGAAGGAGGAGGCGGAGGAGGAGGAGGAGGAGGGAAAAAGGGCGGUGUUGACACCGCCGCUGGCGCUGGAGGGGGGCUUCGCGGCGGAGCAUCGGCCCCCUAACGUCCUCCAGCGCGUACUCAGCCUCUUCCGGAACGUCCGCCCAGGAUCCGAUCUCACCCAUUUCCAGCUUCCUCCUCUCUUCAACGUUCCAAAAUCACAACUUCAAUGCUAUGGUGAAGGAGUGUAUUGCAUUGGCGAAGACUACUUAAGCAAGUGUGUUCGAGGCAAGAGCAGCCUUGAGAGGUUCGCUUCAGUUGUUGCAUGGAGCAUAUCAACAACACGGCCUGCAAUUUUUGGAUUGGCUCCUUUCAAUCCUGUUCUCGGGGAAACUCAUCAUGUCUCCAGGGCAAACCUCAAUGUCCUUCUCGAACAGGUUUCACAUCAUCCUCCAGUCUCUGCCCUCCAUGCAACUGAUGAAAAGGAGAAUUUAGAGCUGAUCUGGUGGCACAACCCAGUUCCCAGGUUCCAUGGUACUAGUGUUGAAGCUGUGGUUAAUGGGAAGAGGCAGCUAAGGCUUUUGAGUUUUGGCGAGAACUAUGAGAUGGAUUCACCAAAGCUAGUGAUUAGAAUACUUCCAGCUCCCGGUGUUGAUUGGGUUGGGACUGUUAAAAUCCAGUGUAAGGAUUCAGGCCUUGAGGCAGAACUUCGCUAUUACAGGAGCCAUUCCUUCUUUGGCUUCGGGGGAAAUUCUAGGUCUGUUAAAGGGAAGAUAUUUCAUUCCAAGUCAUUGAAGACCAUCUAUGAGAUUGAAGGCCAGUGGGAUAGAAUCAUCUCACUAAAGGAUGUUCACAGUGGUGAAGUUAGAGUUCUGUAUGAUGCCAAAACGGCUAUCUCAAAACUUAAGACUCCUAUUGUAGAGGACCCAAAGGGUUUGUGGUCAACUGAAUCAGCUGUUGUGUGGGCUGAGGUGAGCCGAGCCAUACUGAACAAGGACUGGGAGAAAGCUUGGAAGGCAAAAGGAACUAUAGAGGAAAGGGAGAGGAAGCUUCGAAGUGAAAGGGAGUCGAAGGGAGAAGUUUGGGUUCCCAAGCAUUUCUCCGUAUCUCGUACCAAGGAGAGCGAGUGGGAGUGCUGGCCCUUGGAGCAGUCAGUCCCCCCAGCACCAGUCAUUGUUCCUCCAUGAGAUAAAAGCUGGAGGCCCCUCCACUUCUUUUUAUCAAUAAGACGGAGCCUGGAAUAUUUGAUAAGGAAAGGGGCAGAGUCUGGAACAUUAGAUAUUUUAGUUGUCCAUAAUUCAUUCCUUUUCUCUUAGCUGUUCUCUAUGAUAUUUGAUGUUGGUUAAUUAUUGUAAUAGCUUUUUAUUAAUGCCCACAUUGCUAACAAAACAUGGCAAGGCCUACCAGGGAACUUACAUGCCUCAAUCAUGCCUUGUUCAUGUCCUCGAACUUGAUAAGUGGUUAAAGCAAGUUUAAGAUUAAAAUUCUAUCAGCAUGCCAUUUGAAAACCA